ACUUUUAUUAAUGUUAAUUUAUUCAAACACUUAACAAGGCCAAUGUUAACAUUUAGUGGACCCGGAAGCCAGCUGAAAAAUUCAAUAGGUCAGUAUGGGCAAAUAUCAAUGUUCAUACAUUCGCCUUAUAUUAGACGCAGUUUUUAUAGUAUAUUUAACAAAACAUAUAUGUAUACAAAAAUAAUUAUUCCGUUUUUGUAUUCUUAUUCGGUAAUAACAUUUAAAAUAAUUGUGAUAAUUUUGUAUUUAAAAAAAAAGCAUGCAACACAAGCUUGAUAUUUUGCAAAUUUACCGAAAUUUGUUUCUACAUUUUGAGCACGCUGUUUAUAGGCAAACAAAUUUCCUGAGAAAAAGUGAACUAUGUGGUGACAAUAAGUCGUUCAGAAAAUAAAAUAGUAACUGCUCAUAACGGGACAUUUCUGCUGUGAAAUAUUUCGAAAAGCAUGCAAGAGAUUCUUGUGCAUAUUGUGAUUUUAAUAAGUAAAUAUAAUUGUAAGCGUUCACAAGCAAGAAAUAACAAUUAUUUUGAAGAAUAAUUAUUUGGUUUAAUAAAUACUUUAAAAUUGUUUGAAUUUCGGUGGGCGGUUGUGUUUAAAGUGUAAAAAGUGAAGUACUAUAUAAAAUAAAGUAAUAUGUCUAGCUUAGCAACACGAAUGUCAGUUGCCAAUUUAAGAAAAGUUAGUUUGAUUGGAUACACAAUGCAUCAAAUUACAGGUGCAAAACUUCCAUCUAAUCGGCAGGUUUUAGAAGUUUUGUUUUACAAUAUGAUAUUUGUAGAUCUUUCAGCAAAGGAAAGCGCAAAACUUGCUAUCAAAGCAGCACAAAUAUUUUGGCAACAAGCACGAAUACGAUAAGAAAAGAAGAUAAAUGUGUUGAGAAGUUAUUGAAACUGUACGAAAGUUGGAAAAAAAUCCUGAAAACAGUUCCAGAAAAGAGAUCCAAUUCACAGGAAGAAGUCGUUGAUAUGUUAGUUGGAAGUUUGGAUGAUUUAUUUGACAUAGCCACCGCUAAUGCGAUUGAAAAAAUGAAGUUAGUAGAAGAUAAGAAAUUUCUUGAAAUGCAACGUCAAAAAGGACGGCCAGGUUGCAUGAUGGGUGUUGAUAAGGUUUUGUACGAUCGUGAGGUGCGUGCACAAGAAAGACAGGAGAAAGCAGCAUUACGAAAAAGGCGGUAUGAAGAACAAAAUUUUGAAUGUUCUGAUAUAAUCGAGGAAAGCAAUGAAAAUGAUAUAGUACUUGUGGAAGCUGGAAAUGAAAAUGUAGUAAUUCCGUUGGAAAAAAAUUGUUUGCACACUGAGUGUAAAAAGCGACGAGGCACUAAAAGUAUCAUAAUACCACGAUUGUUAGCAGCAUUAGACAAUGCCAAAGUGUCAGAUGGUAUGGCCGUACAUAUUUUAGUAGCCGCUGCUGAAGCAUUGGGUCAUUGUGUGGAAGAACUUGUUAUUAAUCGAUCAACAAUUCAUCGUAUACGUCAACAAAAUCGGUCUGCAGAAUUCAAAGAUAUUUCUACUGAAUUUAAAGAAAAGGCCAAUGCAAAUGGAGCAUUUUGAUGGGAAGUUCAUGACAGAUAUAAAAGGUCGUAGUAAAGUGGAAAGAAUUGUUGUUUUAAUUAGCUACGAUAGAACAUCGUAAUUUCUUGGAGCACCAAAGAUACAGUCCUCGUCUGGUGCAAAUAUUGCUAAAACUGUUUAUCAGAGAUUAGUCGAUUGGAACAUUGUUGAACUUGUUAAAGGCAUAUCUUAUGAUACAACUGCUGUCAAUACUGGUGUUAAAAGUGGAGCCGCAGUCCUUUUGGAAAAGAAAACUGCAACGCAAUCUCAUGCACCUACCAUGCCGUCAUCAUAUGUACGAAAUUAUUUUGCGCAACGUUUUUGAAUCAAAGAUGAUGUCAAACUCAGCUCCAGAAAUACUCUUGUUUGAAUGAUUUGUGAAGGCCUGGCCAAACCUUAAGAAACCCUUGUUUAAAACUAGUGUUGAUGAUAAAUUUGUGGCAUCAAAAAUAAGCCAAGUGGAACGGGACGCUCUUGUAAGCUUCUUGCAGGACCAAUUAAAAAAAUUGCAUAGCCGCGAUGACUACAAAGAAAUGCUACAACUUGCUUUAACUUUCCUUGGUGCAGAUUGCUUUAAUUUAUGUGCUCCAGGUGCAACCAGCAAAGUCAGUCAAAAGUUGGUUCUGAAGUACAAAUGCGAAUUCAGCACCUAAUCAAAAUCUUUUUUUUUAUUAAAGACGCUCUAAAUUAUACAGAUACAGAUUCAAUAAUUUCAGAAGCUAUUAUUAAAAAAUGUCUAACCACUUAUGGUACAUCGCCGAAGAAACAGUAGCGUUAUCAUUUUUUGACUUAUCAGUUACCCACGCAGAAAAACGUAAAAUGAUAAAACAAUUAAAAAGCAAGGAACCAGUUGUUCAUUUAAAAAAUAUCCGAAGCCACUCAAAAUUGACAGAUUUUCGGACUUACGAACUUAGCGAUUUUGUUUCAGAAAAGACAAAUUUUUUUUUUCAAUAAUUUUGGGUUAUCUUAAGCCUUUUUGGGCGUGGAUCCAUCCCAAUAGGAAAAUAAUUCGGAUUUCGAAAAUAAUUGGACUUUUUGCCGCAACUUACAAGUUGUUAAUGAUCCCGCUGAAAACGUUAACGAAUGAUGAAGAGGAAAAGCAGUUGGUACUCAAGAUUGUUGAAUCGUAUCGCAAAAAAUACAAAUCAAACAAAAAAAUUGAUUUAAUGUAAAAUAUAAAUUUACGAUAAACGUAAUUACGUAUUCUGGCCGGGAAACUGUAAUACAAACAUUUUGAAAUUUUUCCUUACAAAUAAGGACACUCCUAAUAUACAUAUGUGCUUUAAUAACAAAUAUAUAGAGAAUAUCUAUAAAUUAUAUACAUUGUUGUCGUUUGCACAUUGUAAAUAUGCGAAUCUGUAUGCGUUCAUUUCUAAACAUUGAAAUUAGGAAAAUUUUUCUCACAUAAAACUUUGUUAAUUUUGCUAUUUUCGAUCCCCUCAUGUUAAAUGUUGGUGAAAUCCGCUAAUAAUUUUUUGUGGUGAAAUCCUCUAAUGGAACGGUUUGACAAUCGGCACGCCAUGAAACUUCUCUAUAAUCAACGUCCUUUGGUUAUAUGGAAUAAAUUAAAUCCCAAAUACCAAAUACCAAAAAAAACAAAUGGUAAUAGAAGACUUAGGAAACAAAGUCAAAUUUUAUACAGAAACAGAAUAAUCCAUAAAGACAAUAUUAAAGUUUAAUUUUGUUAUCUUAUAGGCAACAAUGAAGAAAAUUAUACAAAUAUCGUACAAAAAAACACAAUUUAAUAGUUGUUUACCUAAAUAUGCAAAAAUAAAAAGAAUUUGUAAAUUAUUU